AUGUGUUCACACACCAUGUGACUCACCACUACAGAAGAAGCCUCCAGCGUCACGUGAGAGACACAAGACGGAAAAUAAUAAUCGUUUGUAUCUGUUCCUGAUCUGACCUGAGGGGAGGACCGACCAUGACCACAGCACUGACUCAGGGUCUGGAGAGAAUACCUGAUCAGAUAGGAUAUUUGGUGAUCAGUGAGGAUGGUGUACUUGCAUCUUCAGGAGAGCUGGAGAACGAUGAGCACACCGCAGGGGUUAUCAUGCAGAUGGUCCGAACAGCUUGUCGCUUCAGGCUUCAUGGAGCAGCAGAGCCACCUUUCAAGCGCAUGUCAGUGAUGUUCGAGGACUAUAUUUAUGCAGUGACGAUUUCUGGACAGAAAGUCUUUGUAGUGAAACGGCAGAACAACCAACGGGAACCUGUUAAUGUCUAGUAGCGAGGUGCCGUUACAAGUUAACGGACUACACACACGCUUGUAAAGUGCCAUCUGUUUAAAUAACACACAUAUAUAACAUGAUAACAAUGUAAAGUUAAGAAGAGUCAUACUGUAAUUCUUAUAGUGUGCUUUUUUUGUCUACAGUUAGGGAUUCAUUUUCUAGUUGCAUUUUCCCCCACAACUGGUGGUAAUAAAUGGCAUGAAAAUGUGGUCUAUAUAAUUGUUCUCACACUUCACAGAAAUAUUGCACAUAUCUGUGACAUUUUCACAGUGACUGUAACAGCGUCUCACUUUUGCAAAACCUAUUUGAACUACUUUUUAAAACGAAUUGAAUUGAUUAAGCUCCCCUUUUAUAAGUAUAUGACAUCUUUUGGGUUAUGUCCAGUUGUCCACAUAAUCCAGAGGCACUUCUGCUUUUUUCUGAGGAUGAUGGCACUGAUCUUUUAUUAUUAUAGAUAUGUGUAAUUUUCUCUGUGGGUUUGAUGAUCUAUACAGCCCUGAAGAUCAGGCUGUUUAUUCUUUGUUUGUUCCAGCUCUUCCAGAAGUGAAAGUAGCUAAUGUCUGUAUUUAACAAACCUUUAUUAAAUUACUGCUUUUUAAAAGUAAUAUCAUGAACUAAUUUCUCGGUUUUGCUGUUUAAUAUUGCUUCUGCUAAUUUAUGUUCAUGUUCUGAGUAAAGUAUUAUUGCAAGUGCUGGUGGGUAGCAGGGGGAAGCAAGCAAAUGGUUUUCUUAGAUGGGUCAGCCCGGAAGUAACUGAGACGUGAUGUGUUUUAUUAACAGUGCUGAGCCCAUUCUGUGGGUUGUUGGAGUUGAUUUAAAAGGUAGAAUAAAAUAUUAUAAAAUAA